AUUGGCUUUUGUUGACGGAUGUUGCGUGCUCUGUUUAAUAGUGAACUCGAGCGGUUCAUAAUCAGAUUUAUUGAUAUGUUUACGGACGAAGCCCAAGUGCCAGUGAGUAUCCAGUCUUCCUGGAGAAAAUCUCAGCAGACGGCGCAGGAGUCGAGAGGUUGUCAAACCAGAGCCAUUCACAGUGCUGAAGCAGGAGUACAGACUCGUUCCAGUGUCAUCAGCAGUACACAGACAGAGCUCCAGGAUCAUGUAACGACCCAAUUUCUCCAGGACCCCCAAAAUGUGUUGCAUUUGUCCGGCUUGAAGGACUUCCUACAUCAGGUUGAAGUCCCAGUCAUCCGAGAGCUGGUCAGAAAUUCCAAGAGUCAUGCUUUUGAUGGCUUUCAGGUGAACUGGGAAGAACACAAUAAGAUGGUUUUGUGCCUUCACCAACUUCAACAUCCUAGGGCACUCGAGCGAGAUCUUCAUGUAACAAGCGUCUCUUGGAGUUGUACUGGUGCAGUAAUAGCCUGUGCUUAUGGCAGGAUGGCAGAAGGUGAUUGGAGUAAUGACGAGUCGUAUGUUUGCACAUGGAACCUAGACCAUGGAGGUCUGAACACCAAACAAGCUGAUCUGGUCAUUGAUGUUCCUACUGCAGUGACAUCUCUGUGUUGUCACCCCAAGCACCCCGCUCUCAUGGCAGGUGGUCUGCACAGUGGGGAAGUGGUGAUCUGGGACACCAGUCAGUCUACAGAUCCAGUACUGGCACAAACUGGCAUGUCUGCAGACAGCCACAGAGAGCCUGUUUGUCAGGUUACUUGGGUGGCCCUGCAGAAUAAAGGAGACUUUGGUGUUCUAAGUGCAUGCUCGGGAGGAAGGAUUCUGCUGUGGACAGUGAGCUCGGAGCAAGGAAAACUUGUCCUGAAAGCAGCCUUUGCACUCGUGCAACAGCAGGUUCUUUCGAGCAGGACCAGCUUCAAGGGCCAAGGCACCAGCACUGUGGGUGUCACCUCCUUGGAUCUGUCUCCAUGGGACCCAGACACAUUCUUAGUAGGCUCCGAGGGUGGCCUUCUGCUUAGGUGUUCCCUCUCCUCACAGACACCAGCCGCAGUCUCAUCGGAAUAUCACAGUGUGCCACUGAGAGCCCCGGCCGUCUUCUCCUUUAGGCCUGGCAGCGGCCCCGUCCACUCCAUACACUGCUCACCUUUUCACAGGAACCUGUUUUUGAGUGCGGGAACUGAUGGCCUGGCUCACCUUCAUUCCCUGCUGCAGACCAACCCACUGCGCUCACUUCGAGUGUCAGACACUUAUGUUUUUAAGGUGCAGUGGUCUCCGACCAGGCCGCUGCUUUUUGCCGCAGCCACGGAACAAGGUGAGGUGCAAAUAUUCGAUCUGAGUCGCAGGUCCCUGAGACCAGCAGCCACAAUUGACCCGGGAGGCGUUGGCCACGCUGCAACCUGUUUGGCCUUCAACUGUCAAAACACUGGCCUCCUUGCAGUGGGUAAAACAGACGGGACAGUUGGUGUUUGGAAGCUCAGCACUGAUUUGACAGAGCAGAUCCCCACAGAAGGCCAUCUCCUGGAGCAGAUAGCCAAUCAAGUAGCAGAAUGACACGAUGGGAUGGAUGGAGACUGCUGCAAUGGACUAUUAGGAGUGCCGGUUUCAGUUGCAGCCAUGUGUCUUGUGGGUUUGGAGUUUCACAAGGCAAGUCAAAAGCGAGUGGGCCAAAUACGGCUCAGAAGGUGUUUUACAUGAACACAGACUAUUCUAUACUCGGUCAUCUCACCUCGGACCAAACUGAGCUCCUUUUCUCUCAUUGAAGACGUAAUAGUGAUGCCAUUGUUGUUCCUGUUCAUGCAUUUCCAGUGUAAGAUUGGUCAUCACAGUCUGAUGAAAAUUGUCAGUGGUUUUGAGUGAAUAUGUGCAAAAACUGCAGCAAAAUAUGGGCUGUGCUCUGGCAAAAAAAUUUUUUUAAAAAGAGCGAGAGAGACUUCACUCACAUUAUCUUCAAUAUUUGUUUUUUUCUGUUUGUAUACAACGUUUUGAUACUAUCAUAGUACUUGCACUAAUCACUGUCCAUUUUUUGGGCUGCAACCUGUGCCGCACUGGCUCCACAUACUUCCCUCUCAUUUCAUAUUGCGUAUAAUAUAAAUCAGUCUGAGUCUAAACUGAGACAGAUAAGUUAAAAAAAAAAAAAAAACAACACUACGGGAGUUA